AUGACAUCAAAGAUAGUUUUAUUAUUUUUAUUUUUUACAAUUGUUAUUUUUGUAAAUUCUCAGGAAUGUGAUCCUCGUUGUGAUUGUGACAAAGUAUCAAAAGUUUGCCCGGAUCCUCGAAAUUGUAAGAAACCAAAUCCAGAUGGUUGUGACAGUUAUAUUGAAUGUGAUGAUGGACUGUAUUAUGAAGUCUAUUGUCAAGAGGGUUUAUAUUGGAAUAAUAAUGGACAAAUUUUACAUGUCCGCUGGAUUGAGAGCGAAUAUUGGAGUAAUCAUUUAAUUCCAAAUAGGGAAACCAUUUUAAGAUUCAACAAUAUCAAUAAUAUUAAUAUUAUUGGCACUUGUAUUACGAAUCAAUCAAAGAAGUUAUGUUCAAAUAGUUUAAGAUUGACAACAACAACAUCAUCAUCAUCAUCAGUAAGAACCUAUUAUACACGUGUGUCAGCCAUCAAUCAGUACAAUGGUAAUGUAGUCUGCAUUGAUUCACGUGCUAAAAAAGGUGGUGGUGGUGGUGGCGGUAAGAAUGACAAAAAAGAGAAAGAAGUAGCUUAUGACUCUGUGAAGGAUGUCGAUCUCAACACUAUGAAGUCAUCGUGCGAUGCCACCGUCGACUUUCUUCGUAGAGGAUUCGGUAAUAUCCGUUGUGGAAGAACCGGACCUGAACUUCUUGAUCUCAUCACCGUAGAGACACCGAACGGUCCAAUGUCAAUGAAUCAAAUUGCAAUGGUUACCAUCAAAGAUCCAUUAACCUUACAUCUUACUCUAUUCGAUCCAUCUCUAUUAAAACAUGUUGAAAAAGCAUUAAGAUCUAGAUCAGAUCUUGGAAUGAGUCCACAGAUUCAAGAUCAAUUUAUUAAAUUAACAUUACCAAAACCAACACAAGAACUUAGACAAAAUCUUAUUAAAUCGGUUAAUAACUUGAGUGAACAAGCAAAGGUUAGCAUUAGAAGACACAGAAAAGAAGGAAUGGAUUUGAUAAAGAAGAAAUACAAAUUGAUCAAAGACGACGAGCAAAAGAUUGAUAAGAACGUUCAAAAGAUCACCGAUGACUACAUUGCAACUCUUACUAAACUGACAGAUGCUAAAAUUAAAGAGAUCAAUACAAAUUAA